AUGUUGGAGCUGUUCAAGGUCACGGCCUCGCUGCUCCUCGGCACGGCCAGGGCAGCCUGCGACGAGGAGCUGCUGCAGCGUGAGGCCAUCACCUUCUGCGUGAAUGUCACCAGGCAGCAGCCGUUCCCUGGGCUGCCGCGGCUCCGCGGCAUUCGCGUGCCCGUGUUCGACGAUCCAGCCGAGGACCUGUACCGGUACUUCGAGCCGUGCAGUGCUGCUAUCGCAGAGGCUGUGCAGGGCGGGGGAAGGUGCUUGGUUUACUGCAAGAACGGCCGCAGCCGAUCCGCUGCCAUUUGCACUGCUUAUCUGAUGAGACACCGACGGCUCCCACUCAAGGAGGCGUUUGAGGCUGUGAAGGCUGCCAGGCCUGUGGCAGAACCCAAUGCAGGAUUUUGGUCUCAGCUACAGAGAUAUGAAGAAGAUUUGCAGAUACCAAAGCAGCCUGCUGUGCUGAGCAAAGGACUUCAAAACAGUGACAUGUGA